AUGUAUUCUCGUUCAACAAUUUACCACGAUAAUAUCGAUAAUGUCUCAGGGAUAUUGGCCGAUUUAUUCAACAAAUAUAUGGACCCAACUAUUUUGAAUUGGUGUCGACAUAAAAACAUCGAUACAACUAGCGUCUUAAAUCCAAAAGAUCCUAACUUUCGGAAAUUUGUUGAUGCAGUAACUAGUCGGGAUAUUGAUCCAAAAUUACUUACGCUAACCAAUAACAUCGAAAUCUAUCAACAAAUUUUUCAUAAUAAUUUUCCGUCGUUAACAACGUUUAUGAAAUUUGUUCUUGGGACAACUUACUUAUUAAAAAAUUCUAAUAUAUCAUAUCUUAAAGAUGUUUAUCCGUUUAUUGGAAUAACAUACUUUGUUUAUAACAAAAUAAAUACUUCAAGAUUACUAGACGACGAUAAAUCCCUUAUUUUACGAGAUAUUCGUAAUUUGUGGAGUAUUUUUCUUUAUAAAAAAGCUUUAAGUCAUACAAAUUUAAAUGGGGAGUGGGAUGUAUUUAUCAAGGAUGUCAAUGUCCCAGUUACCACUGAUUCACGACAAAAAUUUGACACCCGCGUUCAAUUUUAUUGA